UUCUCAAUGCCCAAUUGCUGGAGCCUCAGCUUUUGUAAAUAUACUUACUUAUGUUUGCCUUUUGACUCUCUGAUGUAUGGAGAAAUUUUUAAAUGGAUUUAGUUCACUAUUGAUUUAAAAUACAUGAUAAUAGAUUUCAUUUAAUUUUUUCAUACAAAAUCUAUUUGCCUGUCUUAAGUCCAAAUUCGAUCGGAUCAGACAAGUUUUUCCGUUUAUGUGGUGGUGGUGACCCUAAUAGCUUAACCUUGUAGAUGAUCCAAGUAGGACCGGUUCCAAGCAAUUUUUUCCCAUUUGUGUGAUGGUGGUGAUCCCAACGGCUUAACCCAGCUCCUCCUUGUCCUUUACUAAAAGAUAGGCUGGGGCCUGGGAAAGUAGGUGGGCAACGGUCAUAAUUUUUGAAAAUUUUGUAACAAAGAAAGUUUAAUCCUUGCAAAAAGCUUUAUGUAAUGCUUUUACGAUCUUUCAACUGACCAUCAAGUUCUCUUUUCAAAAGCACUAAUGUAUCCAAUGUUCUAGCCUAUUUCUAUAUUCACAAUUGCCAAAAACCAGAAAGCCUCCAAUUCCACCAUCUUGUAAUCUAGCCAUUACCAAGUUACCAAGAAAAUGAUAAAGGCAGUGAAGAAGUUGAAGAAGCUCUGGCCAAAAAAGAAGAGAAGAAAGAAGACCCAUCAAGAACCUCAUUAUCUUCCUCCGCCACCGUGCCCCUGUUGCUGCUCCUAUUCCUCUCCAGUUCAACCUUCUGCUCCACCGCUGCCGCCAUGGCUGGUGCCUGACCAGACCAAUGAGACCGUUACUGCACCUGGGGUGCAGCAGUACCUUCCAGAAGUAAGCUACCAAAGUCGAAUCCAGUUCCAAUCUCAAGAAAUUAUUGUGGAAACAAAUCCCAUUUGUCCUACGUUACCAAUUGAGACUACCCCAUUAACGUACCAGCAAUAUACAGUUCCAAAUCCUGUUUAUGGGGUGCCUGUUGUGGAGACGCCAAGAAGAGAGAGCUCAGGUGGGUUCUUUGGAUGUCUUAUUAGCUAUGGUGUGGAUCUAAUUCGUUGCUUCUGUCCUUGUUUUCGCAUUCGAGAAGUUGACUGAUAAUUGAAGCAUGGAAGUCUAGCUGAUAAAAGACGCAGCGCAUAGAUCUCCCCUCCUUCCUUUUUUCUUAUUAAUGAUUAUAUAUACAUAUAUAUCGUUUGGUUUCUAUUUGUUAUUGUUAAUCAAUAGAAGAAGAAAAGAAAAGGCUCUUGUAUGAAUUAGCUCAUCAUGAAUAUUUGUAGAUUAAAUCGCUAAUAACAUGCUAUAUAUAGUGUUUUUGAGUAAUUUUCGAUGAUAAACAGUGUUUAUUGGUGGAAAAUUCUUGAUAAUUCCAUAAUUCGAAUAGAAAGAAGUUACAACGUUAAUCAAAACAUAGUUAAACAAUCUUAACAAAGGUGAUUAUAAUAAAUUAUUAUACAUACAAUAAUAGAAUGUGACUGUGUCUGUGUCUGCAUAUUCUCAACCAGAUCCUCCGGGUGAGCUGUGACUAGGAGGAGCAUUAAUCCCUGUCAAAAUCCUGCGGAGUUUUGGCAUCUGAUCUUCGUGAAUAAAGUUGCCCUUUUGAAUGUGGUCGGAAACAUAUUUUGACAUCAUCGGAUGCUUUCCUGCAUCUUCAUAAGCAUAUGAAUGGGUAUUGAUUCUCUGAUUCCCAAUUUUCUCUUUCCUUGGUUCCAAUUCAAGUUGAAUAGCAAGUGAGGAUGAAACAGCAACAAUCAAGAUCAUCAACAUCACCAACUUCAUCAUCUACCUAGCUACUUUCAAAUUUGCUGCACUUUUGUUAAUAAUUAAUGUAUGAAUAAGACGAUGAGCAUAAAUAAAAUUCAAAGUUAACA